GGACCCGAGUAAAAUGAAAACAGAGGGGUCGCCUCCCACACAUGGAGAAGAUGUUAUUGCACGAAGGACUGCAGAGGUUAGUUAGAUGAAGCAAGUAGUUGGGGGUAAUGAGAUUUGUUAACGGUGGGAAGGUUAGGAAAGACUGACCGGAGAGAAGGGCAGCUUUGAGAGAAGGGGUUGGGAGGAUUGGAGCUGCAGACACCCCCGCGGCCGCGCGGUGGUAGCGCCCACAAUGUAUCCAGCGGCAGCGUUCGCAAGGGAGUCGGUGAAGGAGCGACCAUGGCGGCGGCGGAGGUGGCUCGGCAGUCGACCGAAGGUGCCCGGAACCUUUCGCUGUCCGGUCACGUUGGCUUUGACAGUAUGCCCGACCAGUUAGUCAACAAGUCGGUAUGUCAGGGUUUCUGCUUCAACAUCUUGUGUGUGGGUGAAACUGGUCUUGGAAAGUCCACCUUAAUGGACACCCUGUUCAACACCAAGUUCGAAAGUGAUCCAGCUCCACACAAUCAGCCUGGAGUCCACAUAAAAUCCAACAGCUACGAACUACAGGAAAGUAAUGUGCGCCUGAAGCUGUCCAUUGUGAACAGCGUGGGAUUUGGGGACCAGAUUAACAAGGAAGAAAGCUACAAGUCUAUCGUUGAGUUUAUUGAUGCUCAGUUUGAGGCCUACCUUCAGGAGGAGCUGAAGAUAAAACGUACGCUGCACAGUUACCAUGACAGCCGCGUCCACGUCUGCUUGUACUUCAUCGCCCCCACUGGCCAUUCCCUGAAGUCUCUUGAUUUGGUGACCAUGAAGAAACUGGACAGCAAGGUCAAUAUCAUUCCGAUCAUUGCCAAAGCAGAUUCAAUCUCCAAAACUGAGCUCCAGAAAUUCAAGAUCAAGAUAAUGAGUGAAUUGGUCAGCAAUGGGGUUCAGAUCUAUCAGUUCCCCACAGACGAUGAGACUGUGGCAGAGAUCAAUGGAACGAUGAAUGCACACUUGCCUUUUGCUGUCGUUGGAAGUACAGAGGAAAUUAAGAUUGGGAACAAGAUGAUGAAGGCACGACAGUAUCCCUGGGGCACUGUGCAGGUGGAGAAUGAAAAUCACUGUGACUUCGUAAAACUACGGGAGAUGUUAAUCCGAGUCAACAUGGAGGACCUUCGGGAGCAGACACAUGCCCGUCACUAUGAGCUGUAUCGGCGCUGCAAGCUGGAGGAGAUGGGAUUUAAGGACACGGACCCUGAUAACAAGCCCUUCAGUUUGCAGGAAACGUAUGAAGCAAAGAGGAAUGAGUUUCUCGGAGAGCUGCAGAAGAAGGAGGAGGAGAUGAGACAAAUGUUUGUUACAAGGGUGAAAGAGAAGGAGUCUGAACUGAAAGAAGCAGAGAAAGAGUUGCACGAUAAGUUUGAUCGUUUAAAGAAACUUCACCAGGAUGAAAAGAAAAAGUUAGAGGACAAGAAGAAGAGUCUAGAUGAUGAGAUUAAUGCCUUUAAACAGAGAAAGACUGCAGCUGAAUUGCUUCAAUCACAAGCCCAGCAGUCAGGAAGCCAGCAGACUCUCAAGCGGGAGAAAGAGCGGAAAAAUUCAGGCUUCCUGUAGAAUCCUUUCCUCAGCAAGUCGAGAAUGAACUCCCUUUUGUUCCCAGUUACAUUGCCGUGCUUGUCCCUCUCUGACCCCACCGCCUCUCAACCCAUCCCUUCCCUCCAUGUGAACAUACAUGUUCAAGCUUGAUACUGUGGCUAUGUUGAAUGGAGGAAUCCAGCAAUAAAUAGUAUGGAACUGACAAAAAGGACUCCCAGUUUACCACUUCAGUACUUGCAUGGUACCACGCAAGCCGCCAGUGAGCAUCAGAGACUGUUACAACUCAGUAAUCCCAACAUAACCCUGUGGGUUUCAGGUGUAUUAGAAAACUCAGGAAGCAUUUGCAUGAAUUGUCAUCAUUAUGCAUCACCCCUGUGCUACUUACUUGCUGCUCUUGUUUCAGGCUACUGAACCAUGUAAUGAUGGGACUUAACAAAUCUUUGCAUUUUUUUCCUUUUAAAUUGACAUCCAUGGUACUUGUUACAUUUUCAGCAUGUUACAGAAGGCAUAUUAAUAUUGGGGUGGGGAGAUAUAAAGUACAGUGCUGAGCAAAAUAAAGGAUUUGGUUAAAAUCCUAGAAGGAAACUAGAUCAAUUGAAACGGUGCAAUAAAUCAAAGCCUACAGGAAUUUCCAGUUUAUUACUAACAGGACAGAGGAAUAUUUUUGUUAAUUUUCCCUGUUUUUCAAACCAGAUUUUUAUUUUUGUUUCCAAUUUGAUAACGUAUUUUAAACUUACACUGAAACUGUUUUGUAUCUGUUCCUGGCUGUUUCUGAGGCAGUGCAUAGCACUGAUGUGUUGAGUUUGUUUUGUUCAAUUCUAUUUUAAAUAUUGAGAGAUUUUUUUAAAUAUAGACUAGAGGGGUUAGUUUGUAGGCAUUUUUGUGUGUCUGUGUGUGUGCUUGUUUUAUAAAAUGACUUUUAUACCACUUUUGCCCUUCUGUUGUGAAGACAUACUAAUGUUGUGCUAAGUAAGUUUGAGCCAAAAUAGGCUUUAAAUGCAAAUAAAUGUGAAUUGAAUUGUAUGAAUUUCUCAGGCUGGCAAUUCAUUUGUCUAUAUUUUGUGCACUCUUUCCUUACAGUAAUCCUUGGCUCUGCACUGAAUAAUUAGAGGUCCUGAGUGAUUAUGGAACAUGUUUUCAUUUUGCUUUAAUCUAUUAAGCUGUGAUCAAUAUUAGACGAGGCAGCUUCAGAUAGCAGCACACUGCCUGUGGUCCAGGCGUUCGAAAUCCGAAGCCAGAAGUGCUUGUCUUUUCAUGAGCAUGAAAGCUUGUAUUGUGUAGCUCAAACUAAGAGGCUUCAUUAAGCAAAAAAUAAUGUAAAUGAUCAGUAGCAUUGUACACCUUAAAAAGUGCAUACUUUUUUUUGCAAGGCCCGUGUGACAAGCAUUUAGUGCAUCGUAUUUGAGUGUUUUUGAAAAGGAAUAAUUUGCACUAUUUAUUUUGCAAAUGUGGAGAGGUUGAAUGUUUUGAGCACAAGACUUGCUGAAGUAUUUUAACUGCAAGACAUUUGGAUUAUCUCUCUCCAGCUGUCCUAGUCAGAUAGAACCCUGCUAUUUAGAGUCUACAGAAUAACAUUUUUUACAUUUUGUUUGACAAUUUGUGCCAAAUUUGCACAGAUUUUUGUAAUUUUCACUUAGGGUUUUUUGUUCUUAUUCUUGUUCGCGACUCCACAGAUUGUUCUAGAUGUUUACGAUAUGUUAAGCAAUUAAAAGCUGUUGCUCCUCAGUCACGGUGUCUUUUAUUUAUUUGAAAGUGUAACCCUCAAGCGGCAGUCCCUUGUUGGGGUAUCUUGGUGGCAAUCAGACACUCUGCAUGUUUUCAUCUUCCAAAGUCCCUCAGUCUUCCCACCCCUGCCUUUUUAUUUCUCCUUUUGGUUUCUGUUCAGUAUCCUUUUUCUGUACACAUCUGAAAUAUCUUGCUGUGUUGAUGAUCUA